UGCACAAUGAAGUAAAAUGGAGCACUAAGAGGCAUUCUUCAAAUAAAAUCAAUAGAUUAUUCAAACACAGCGGUUGGAAAAAUAUGACUGACGUAAAUUAUAUCACAUAUUUGAAGUGCAAUUUUACAUUAAUAGAUAUAAUUCAAAACACCUAUAGAUAUGAUAAACAAAUACGUUGUAUGACGUUAUUACUUGGAUGUUCUUACGCCAAUAUUUUAAAGAAUAUUUUCUUUUUAUUAAAUAAUUUUCAUGACCACUGUAAAUAUUUUACAAAUCAUAAAAAUUUAAACAGUUAUAAGUAUGAUUGUACAAUUGAACUUUUAAAAACUAUACCUUUUUUAACUUCAUUAGUAAUACAUAUGGGAGGCGCCUUAGAAGCAUUAGAUAAAACCCAUAAACGUCCAGUAGAAAAUAAUCAUAUAAAACAAUUUAUUUUAAAUACAUUAUUAAAGGAAUUGCAAAAUGAAAAAAUUCUGAAAUUAUUAACACUCUCACAAAUAAAUCAAUUAAAUGUCGAUGAAAAAUUAUUAAAAAUAUUAAGUUACAUUACUGAAUGGGACGUAGAUUUAAAUAUAGGCAUGAAUAUUUGUAACAUAAAUUCUGAAAGUCACAUUUCAUUAUGGAAAGAUUUGAGUAAUGUAUAUAACAAUACGCAUAAAGAUGAAAGUAAUAUCAAAUUGUAUAAUUAUAUGAACUAUAAAAUAGUAAAAUUUUCUCAGUGGGCAAUCCAAGAAAAGUAUGUUAAUUUAGGGUUUAUAUUCAACACUGCUAACAAUAAAACUAGUGUACCAGCUCUACAAGAAUCAACAGAAGAAGAGUAUUUUCAAGAUCCUACAAACACUUCUACUCAAUUGAUGAAUGAAGAAACUAUUGGAGAGUAUUUUCAAGAUCCUACAAACACUUCUACUCAAAUGAUGAAUGAAGAAACUAUUGGAGAGUAUUUUCAAGAUCCUACAAACACUUCUACUCAAUUGAUGAAUGAAGAAACUAUUGGAGAGUAUUUUCAAGAUCCUACAAACACUUCUACUCAAAUGAUGAAUGAAGAAACUAUUGGAGAGUAUUUUCAAGAUCCUACAAACACUUCUACUCAAAUGAUGAAUGAAGAAACUAUUGGAGAGUAUUUUCAAGAUCCUACAAACACUUCUACUCAAAUGAUGAAUGAAGAAACUAUUGGAGAGUAUUUUCAAGAUCCUACAAACACUUCUACUCAAUUGAUGAAUGAAGAAACUAUUGGAGAGUAUUUUCAAGAUCCUACAAACACUUCUACUCAAUUGAUGAAUGAAGAAACUAUUGGAGAGUAUUUUCAAGAUCCUACAAACACUUCUACUCAAAUGAUGAAUGAAGAAACUAUUGGAGAAAAAUUCAUUUUUGAAGAAACUAUAAUCAAUCGUCAAACAAGGGAUACUUCAUCAUGGAUUAAUAUUGAACAUUGAAUAUUUUAUUAUUGAUUUAUACAUUUUUCAAAAUUUUAUUGCUUUAUGAAGUUAAAAAUACAAAAUAUAGAUAAAAAAAAUUUACACAUAAUUCGCACCUUUUUCUUUAACUUUGAUAUCUGGUUUUACUUCAUAAACGAUGCAGAUUGCAGUAUGUAUCAAAGUAAAACAAACAGAUUCAUUAAAUCCUAAAUAUUUUUCCAAAUAUUGAUAUAGUAUUAAGAAUUUUUGUAUGUAUAAAUGUGUCUAAUUGUACUAUAGAGAGAUCGUUUUCGUGUCUCAAACGCAUCAAAAACUAUAUUAAAUCCACUCAGAAUGGUUCUAACUUAAAUAAUAUCGCAUUUCUCAACACAGAAAAUUAAAUGUUGAACGAAUUUAAUGGCGAAGAUUUAAUUGAUUCAUUUGCAAAAAUUAUAUGUCGACAUAAAUCAAUUUUAUAAUUACUAAUUAUAUAU